UCUCUUUUUCUUUCUCUUCUUCUUCUAUUUAUUCCUCCUCCUCCUCCUCUUUUUCUUCUUCUUCUUCUUCCUCCUCCUCCACUUCUAUCCUGGGCCGAGAUGGCUGAGGGGCUUGCAUCUACACCGGUGACCUUUGAGGAUGUAGUUGUAUACUUUACGGCAGCCGAGUGGGCCCGCCUGACCGACUGGCAGCGGGACCUUUACCAAGCUGUGAUGGUGGAAACUUAUGAGCUAGUGGCGUCGCUGGCAGGCGAUGUGAUCCUGAUGGCUGAAGAUGAGGAAGGAGGAGUGGAGAGGCCAAUCAGGCAGUGCGUGCCCCAGGGCAAGAGGAGGCAAAAGACCCCACAGCUGCGAGCGGAGACCCCAGUGAGGCAGACUAGAUCCACAGGGUCCAAUUCGAACACUGGGUGUCUCCCAUGGUUGAUGCCAAAGACAAAUCCACCAAAGUGCCCCGAGUGUGAUAAGACCUUCCUCACAAAUGUGGCCAUGACCAUCCACAUCCGGACACAUACUGGGGAGCGCCCGUUUGAGUGCCACCUCUGCCCCAAGGCCUUCCCCGCCCAGAGCGACCUCAGACGUCACCUCAAAACCCAUCUACGCAGGAAGGACCCUCCCGACCUGGGUUCCCUCCCUAAGGCCACGGAAUUUCUCACCGCCCAGCUGCAGUUGCUGCACCAACUGGGGGUGACCUCGGGUCCAAAGAAGCCGUACGGCUGCACACAGUGUGAGAAGAGCUUCAACCGGCAGCAGGACCUGCGCAAGCAUCGAGUGACACACUUGACGGAACGUCCAUUCUCCUGUUCGGUUUGCGGGUGCAGCUUCCGGCUCAAACAGACCCUGUUGUCCCACCUGAAGGUACAUGACGGGGAACGGCCCUUCUCCUGCAUGCAGUGUGGGAAGUGUUUCGGUCAAAGGCAACACGUCAAGACUCACCGGCGAGUGCACACGGGCGAGAAGCCCUUCGCGUGCACCACCUGUGGCAAGCGGUACGCCCAGAAGCAGCCACUGAUCAACCACUUGCGGGUGCACACUGGUGAACGGCCGUACGGCUGCCACGAAUGUGGGAAGGCAUUCCGUAAUCAGACCACGCUGACCAUCCACCACCGGAUACACACGGGCGAACGCCCCUUCCGUUGCCUGCUGUGUGGGAAGACCUGCAGCCAGUUGCAGCACCUCAAGAGCCACCAGCGAGUUCACCGUGGCGAGCAGCACCUGUUCGCGGAGAGUAACGGCGAAGCUCUAGCCCUCAGGAAGGCACGCGAGAUGCAGGAGAAGCCGUAUCAGUGCCCCAAAUGCGAGAAGCACUUCCGCGAUGAAAACAUCAUGCAGGCUCACCUCCGGACCCAUAAGGAUUGGAAGGGUCUUGGGGACGGCAGCCCAAGUCCAUCACUUCCCAUCCAGCUGAAAAAGACCCCACUGGACUCCGAGCCUGUGGACAAAGCGGCAGGAGUGAACCAGAAUCUCCCCACCCUUGUCCCAAGGAGACCCUUUGUGUGCACUGACUGUAGCAGGACAUUUACGCAGUCCAAAUAUCUCGCCUUACAUCGGAAGAGCCACCAAUGAGGGCGGCGUUUCCGUACUGAACAAGAUGCGAGUUUGAAAGCACAGGCGGGACCUUUUGGUGACACCAUCUCUGAUGCUGGUUGGACGAAGAGCAGACUUGCAGAGGGGGUGGCGAGAAGGGCCUUGCUGGCAGAAAACCUUUUGCACAGUUUGAAGAAAGUGGACAGCACAAGUGUAUUUCUCGUUCUUCCACUUUUCCGUGGCCAGAGGACAUGGCGAAGGAGAACUUCGUCUUAAGACGGAGUUCCCCAAACUUCCCUGCAUUGUGAACUGGCUGAGAGAGGGGCGGAGAGGGGGUGGUUCCACCCAAGCGGUGGACAAGUGCACAUGUGCGCAUUCGGCUACUGCUCGAGCAAGUGAGGAUUAUGUGCACGCUUGCCCGCCAGUUCCACUCCCUGAUUCCGAAUGGCUCAAGGCCUGGUUAGUGGACUGUGGCCCCAAAGGUUGUGAGCCACUGUCAUAAGAGAAAAUGCCCGGUUUAGGUCCAGCAUCUGAUGAACCCUACACAGAGUGAGGAGCAGGGAUGUAAAACACAGAUUCUGUCCUGAGUCACAACCCUUAACCAGGUUUGUCAGAGUCGGGAGACUCCAGCCCAUCAGCCCGUCUGCAACCAGGGUACUCCUGAGUCCGUCGCUGCUCUGGGUCCUGGGUCUCGGGUCCCAUUGCAAUUGAGGAGGUGGAUCCUGAUCACAAAAGUCCAUAAAGACUAGGAAUGCUAGACAGUCCAUCUCUCUUCUCGAUUUGUCCCUUUCAGGAAGCGCUUCUCCACUACGAAGCUGUGUGGACUUUGACUCCCAGAAUUUCCCAGCCAGCACGGAAUUCUGAGAGUCGAAGUCCGCAUGUCUUAAAGGGGCAACGGUGGUGAAACACUGUCACUUCAACGCAGAUUUCAAAGCUUCAUUGAAGCAUCAGGUAGAGUGGUGGGGUGGCCUAGAGGUGGAGCUCCUCUCACCUCACAAUCAGGAGGCUAUGAGUUCGAUCCUAGGGAGAGGCUGAUAAUUCUCUGGGCACAAUGAGAAUAUAUCUGCUGCAAAAACCCACAUUGGCAACAGGAAGGGCAUCCGGCCAGUAAAUGCAUAGCUUCAUUCAGUUGCCCUGAUUCCACCCAGCAAGGGAUUACGGGCUCAUUAAACGACAGACAACAGCAACUGAUGCAUCAGGUAGAGAAACGGCGAUGGAGUCCUGCACCAGGGCAGGGGUUGGACUAGAUGACCUCUGAGUUCCCUCCAGCUCUUCGGUUCAACAUUAAGUCCUUGGUGCCAAGCGUGAAUAAGCCCAGAUUUUGCAGUGGGAAUCUGUUUUUUGGGGUCUUGCAAUGUUCUAUCAGCUGCUCUUUUGCUGGAAAAAAAAGAUUUAUUUUGAUUCGGGCACGAUCUAAUGAAUAUGUCUCGUUUAUUUAAAAAAAAAAAUCUGCAUAUAUGAAUAAUAGUUGGGAUUUUGUAAGUGUUCAUUGCCUACAGUGCCCCGGGACAAUGUUUCUCAAACUUGGUAACUUUUAAGAUGGGUGGACUUCAACUCCCAGAAUUCCCUGGGCAGACGUGCUGGCUGGGGAAUUCUGGGAACUGAAGUCCAUCUUCCCUUCAAAGUUUCCAAAGUUGAGAAACAUGAUAAUCUAGAACAGAGGUCUUCAAACUUGGCAGCUUUAAGACUUGUGGACUUCAACUCCCAGAAUUCUCCAGCCAGCAUAGCUUGAAGUCCACAAGUCUUAAAGCUGCCAAAUUUGAAGACCUCUGAUCUAGAAAGUUGUUGAGUUGGGAUUGUUAAAACGUUUGCAAACACCGUUAUAACUCACAAGAAGCAAAUUGCAAAAGUCUGUUUGAUUUUAAAAAGAAAGAAAGCUCGGAAUUCGGAGACAAUAAAUUUUUGUUAACUUC